AGAGAGAGAGAGAGAGAGAGAGGGUGAAAAAUAAGUAAACGCGAAAACGGUCAGAAGCCGAGUGGAAUGAUGUUGGGAAGCUAAUAAUGCCUGCUGCUACACCAGUCUGUAGUACUGCAAGACAUAGUAAGAAUUGGUAGUAAAAGAACACGAUGGUGAUCGCAAACUGUCCAAACAUCACCUCUGUCACUGUUAAGAAAACGAAAGUCAAAAACACCAUCGGCAUCGUUACUACCAACAUCAACAACAACAACAAGAAGAACAACAACAACACAGAUAGUAUUACUACUAAUAAUAGUUAUAACAACAACAAUAAUAAUAACAGUAAUAAUAAUAAUAAUAAUAAUAAUAAUAAUAAUAAUAAUAAUAAUAAUAAUAGUCAUAAUUCUAGCCAUUUUCAUAGGCGUCGUCAUACGCCAAACAGCAAUGACAACAUCAAUAAGUGUAGACUUGAAAGCCGCUGUCUCAAAGAUCGCACGAGAAGCAAAUCCAAAUCUUUGUUACAUUCUAUGGGACUUCUUUAUUACAAGGCUCUGUUCAUUAACAUCAUAAUAACACUGGAAAUUAUACAAGUCGGAUGUUAUUCGGAUAUCAACACGGAAUGUCAUCUUAGCUGCCAGACAUACAGCGAGGAAAGCAAAACCGAACAAAAAAGUUUGUGUGAUAAAGAAUGUAAAUUAAAGAAUUGUAGCGAUGGUUGCCAGCUGUAUCGAGCGGCACUGCAUUCAUCAUGUCAUCAACUCUGCUACAACCCACAACACAAGGAUGAGGCAUGGCCUGAAUUAACAGUUAAGGAAGAGGCAUGGCCUAGAUUAACAGUUAAGGAGAAAAGUUGCGAAACAGGCUGUACAACAGCCCUGAACUUGUAUGAAAAAAGAAAAACAGAUGAACUAGAAAAUGCAACAUUACCAGCACCGGAAAUCAACCGAUACAAUGUCACGCAUUCGUCGGUGCAUUUACUGUGGAGGACCAACCAACUUGUUUCCAACAUAACUUAUAUGAUUCAGAUGAAGAUGCCAGAGAUAUCAGAAAAUUGGCAGUUAUGGAAUUCCACUGAACUCCACCAGACGCCAGUCAUACAUUUCAUAGUAAAUGAUCUUCAUCCUUACACUACAUACCAGUUCAAAGUCAUAGCAUUCAUUAAAAUUCCUGAUCAGUUCCUUGUUUCAAAUGAAAGUGUUUCUGUCAUUACUUUACCUCAUGGCAAACCAUCAUCGGCACCAAAGAUAUCGAGUGUGGCCACACCAUCCCCUACUGUGAUUACCAUCAUCUGGAACCCACCUCUCUAUCCAAAUGGACGAAUAACUGGUUACAAGUUGAUGCUUAGUUAUGUGAAUGAACGAACCAUCACACGAGAAGUGUCUGAACACACACACUCUUGGUCAUUCAGCCAGUUGCAACAUUCGAAGAAUUACACCAUUAAGGUCUUAGCCUGGAAUGCAGUUGGAGGAGGGCCAGCUGAUACACAUAUCAUUACGACACCAGACCUAAUGUUGGAAGCAGAAACUGAGAAACCAUAUUUGGUGUUGGCAGCAAACAAUAUGAUUUUGAAACAGAAUUUGUUGGAUGUUUUUGGUGACCCUGUAACAUUACACCAGGCGAAUAACCGAAGCAUCACAGUUUUUGGAUCCAAGGUGUUGUAUAAAAGUAAAACAGAACUAAUGCAAGAUGUAGGGGUGCACAUAAAGAACCACUUGGUUCUGUUUAGUGAUUCAAAUGGAAGAGUCCAUGUGGUUUUCACAAACAGUUCCAAGCAAAAGGAAAAUAUUUAUCCAACAGUGAAAAAUCCUAAAGCUAUCGCAGUUGAUUGGCUCCACAACAAGGCAUACAUAGCUGGAGAUCAGGAGAUUUACCAAUGUUUCCUCCCUCCAAAAUACACUUGUCAUUUGGCUGUAGGACACCUACAAUCACGUGCCUCUGAUAUCAAGGUUGAUCCCAUAAAUGGUUUCCUGUAUUACACUCAGAGUGGACAAAACAACGGAAUCUUCCGGGUUGACUUGGGUGACAUAGAAAGCGGCAAAAAUGUUCCCCCACUUCAGAUUGUGAAGAACAAACAAGAUUCUUUCACAAUUGACUUUGAGAAUAUUCAGCUUUACUUCCCGAAUAGUUCCCUCAACACAAUCAUGUCAACGUUUUUAGAUGGAGAAGGACCCUCCAAUAUCCGGAAGAACGUUAUGAAAGCCAACUUCAACAACAUCAAAAGUAUUGUGUUUUUCAACGGUUCCUUUAUCUGGACAGACGGACAGAAAGUUUUGAAGGAAGUCUAUGACCAGCAUGGAGGCAAAUACCAUUACAACACAAUCCAUUUUAAAGAAAGUUCAUUCAGUGGAUUUAACAUGUUCCAUUCAUCUGCCCAGCCAAUGCCUGUUCCAACUAAUCCACCCAGUAAUUUGGCGGUGUUGUUCUCUGAUACAACAGCGGACAUACGAUGGAAUAAACCAGAGAAACUUAUAUACCAAGGAAAUGGAUGCUGGAGAGGCUGGAAGUAUGAGAUGACAGUCCAAGAAGGAGAUGCCAAAAACCUAACAACAUAUCACCUGGAAGGAUUCAACCUCACACUUGAAAAUUUGAAACCAGAGACUAAAUAUACAAUUAAGAUGCGAGCUUAUAUCGACAAUAAGUAUGGCCCCUGGACCGAAAAGUUUGUUGGUCGUACAUUGUUUAAAGAUAAUGUCAAACCAAUUGUCACAUAUCAUACCAAAGACUACACAGCACAAAUAGGUUUAGAUGGUCGAACCCUCCAAGGUCAACUUCUUGAUGGGGGAAAUAAGCCGCCUCUAAUGUUUAAGCAUAAAAUAAUGAGAUUCUAUGCUAACUACCCUCAUGUUUCUGCAACCGCUUUCAAUCUGGUACAGAAAAUGAAACAAGUGUCUCCAUUCACUAUAGCAUAUGAUUGGUUAUCAAAAAUUGUUUACUGGUCUAACAGAAGAUGUGGCAUCUGCCGACUCAAUAAGAACCGUAAAGUGGAGAAAAUCAAGAGAGAUCAGGCUAACAACUUAUGUAUUGAUUCCUUGAAAGGGGUCCUUUACUGGAACACAAAAUACAGUGUGCGUGCGUCACACCUAAAUGGUAUGAGCAUCAAAGAAUAUUACCGAAAACCAUUCCAAGAAGAAACCAUCACAGCCAUGACAAUUGAUAUGGAUUCGUACAUUCUUUACUGGAUCCUGCCAACAAGUACUGGAACCAAGCUCUUUAUGGAUGGCAUGGUUGGUUAUAAAAAUCAAUUUUACAAAGGGUCAAUGAAAAUUAUUGAUCUAGAGAGCAGAAUGAAUCAACUACAAUACUUCAGCUACCGUUUUGUCUGGCUCAACAGUGAAAAACAACUUAUAGUUAGUGACCUGAGAGGCAGAAAUAGUUCCCGUCUCAUCAAUAUAGAUUCUGACAUUCUGUCUUUCUCACUCUUCCAUCCAUCACAACAUAAAUAUCCAGAUGGGCUAGACGAGAAAACAAUAACGGUAAUACCAAAUGAUAUUCCUGCACGGUCCAUUAGAGUAGAAGGCAAUGCAUCCAAUUUCAAUAUCACGUGGAGAGAAGCAAGCGAGGUCAACCAUGGCGUGGUCCACUACGAACUGACCCUUAAUGUACGAGAAUUUGAAAAUUACAGCCAGGCACUGGACACAGUGCAAGCCUGGUACACUAUAAAAGGAAUGCCGCCAUACACAGAAAUAGUCGUUCUCAUAAAACCGUUGACCUAUUAUGGUUCAGCCAGGACAACAUCAACAAAACUUCGAUCACCCAUGUCAGUGCCUAAUGAACCACUUAAUCCAAGAGUUUACAUUAACAAGAGGAAAGAAUUACAAUCAAGUGAAGAAUUUCUGUCUGCUGAUUUACGUUGGUCAGCACCGAAUAACCGCUUUGGUGUACUUGAAAAGUACAAAGUGUUCUAUCAAACUGAUUCCAGUUCUUCUCAGUGGCAACAAACUGAUAUUGAACCUCAUACACGCCAGUUUAUUGCCGAACGACUUGGAGCUAAUCGCACUUACACCUUUAAGAUUCAGGCUUGUACUACUUUUGCCUGUAGCAAAAUGUCUGUUAAUGUUUCCAUCACAAGUAACAACACUAACCCAUUACCUGAACUGUUGAUUGCAUCCGAAGAGGGCAUCAAAUUAGCUGAAAUGGAUAAUGACCUAAAGAUCUCCAAGAAAAUCUCCUUCAAAGGAUCCACUCGUGCAUUCACCUUUUUAGCUAAAGAUAAUUCCUUCUUCUGGAUCAACGAUGGAUCAACUUUAAUCAUGCGCAACAACAAGAUGGAAAAAAUAACGGUAAGUCUUCAUUCCAAGAAUUAUACUGCAGUCACCCUCUUCUGGACUGAAACUGAAGAUAUGAAGAAUUCCAGAGUCUUUAAAAGUAGAACUGAUGGAAGUGAUGUUAUUGAAAUAUUGCCUGCUCAGCAUUCAAGACUUCGUAAAAGAAGCCCCGAAAAGAACUGUCAGUGUCCAACCAAUGUCAAAAUUGACAGCACUCUCGGAGUUGAUUACACUAACGAUGAUAUAUACUUUGUUGAUCUUCUGGAAAAAAGUUUGUGGCGAACCGAUAGCGAUGGAUGCCAGUGUCAGAAGCUGUUUUCUCAAACGUCUAAUGAAUUUUCAGACCAAAAAUGCCUGAUAUCAUUGCCGAAAGACAACAGCAUCACUGUUGUCUCACGCACCAAUACCAGCAUCACUUUACGUCUGUCCGACAUUAAAUGGCAUCAAGAUUGUAAUGAUGUUUCACAUCCGACCACAAACUACACUAUUCAUUACACCGAACUGAAACGAGGCAUGGACGACACAUCAUGUGCAAAGAACAUUCCCUGCCAUACAGUUGUAAGCUUCCUGAAGAAAACCGUUAUUUAUCCUCUAAAACCCUUCACCAAAUAUUUAUUUCAAGUAGCUGUUAGUAACAUAUACACAGAUUAUCGUGCAGACAUUCUUAGUUUGCCUCAGAUUGAACAAACUCUGGCAGGGGGUAAGUUCAUUGCAAAAGCUUGUGAAAGCGAAAUAAAAUGGUGCAGCAAUACACUGGAAGCAACCAACAAAACUGCUAAGCAUUUGUCACCAAUCAGGUUUCACAAUGUCACAGCAACGUCUGUAAAUGUUUCUUGGACAACACCUGCUGAUACACCAAUUCAUGCAUUUGUGAUCAUCAGUAAGAACUCCACAAUGCGUACAUGGUAUUCGAAAAGAGCACAAUUUAUUGUACAGCCAGUACUAAACAAAACUUUCAACAUGUUCUUUGACAACCUUGAACCAAAUAGUUUAUAUGAAUUUGCUGUCCGAAUUGUAUACCAUAAUCACAUUCAACUUAGAAAACAUUGGCCUCACGUUAAUAGCAGCGUUCUUUAUUCAGUCAGAACACUUGUUGAAUUCCCUUCUCCUCCAUCAAUACCUUAUGUACACAAACUAAACUCUGGCUACGAAGAAGUUACAUGGAAACAUCCAGAAGAGAAAGUGCCACCAAAUCUCUUUGAACUGCAAUACAAACCAGCCGACAGUGGGAAUUGGACAACUAUCUACAAUGAUACCGCUCCACAUUGGAUCAUAGAGGAACACCUACAGGAUGGUAAAAACUACGUCUUUCGAGUGAGAGCGAGAAAUUCUCGAGGCUGGAGCAAUUUCAGUAAAAACAGCCGACCAUUCCUUCACCAAAUUGACCGAGCAACCAGUAGCAAUAUGUAUCAAUAUGCUCUAAUCCCAAUUACUCUCUUCAUCAUCAUCAUCAUCGUUAUUUUAAUUUGUAUUUUGUUCAAGAAAAAACAAACAGAAAAAAAGCGAAUCACUCAUGUCAAUGAUGGUCACAAUCCUGAUGUGGAAUUGGCUACUUUGCAAGAUUUACCACAUAUAGCAGUCCAGCAGAACAACACCCUUUAUUCAGUUGGUAUGGUACCAACCGAUGCUGACCUCAUUGCGUUGCCUCAUUUCCGACAUGAUCAACUCAUCAGAAAGAAGUUCUUGGGAAGCGGUGCUUUUGGCGAAGUUUUUGAAGGCGUUUGUAAAAGCUGUGUUGCAAAUGGAGAAACACGUGUGGCUGUCAAGACCCUGAGGAAAUGUGCCUCAGAACACGAAAAGGAGGAAUUCUUAAAAGAAGCUUUGCUCAUGAGCAAUUUUAAACACGAACAUAUUCUACGAUUACUAGGUGUCUGUUUUGAUGGUAAUCCUCAAUUUAUUGUCUUGGAACUGAUGGAAGGCGGAGAUUUACUUCUUUAUUUAAGGAACUACCGACCAACAUCGGUAAGUAAUUGGCAUCUAUUUUCAUUCAUUUUCUUUUAUUGUUCGUUCUGUGUUCUCAUAGCUUUGUUGAAUUUCACCUAUGAUUUAAUUCCCACUCUACAGGGAUAUCUUUGUAUGUCUAUUAAACACAGGUCGUUUGGUGUUUUAAUGUGGGAGGUUAUCACAUACGGUCAACAACCUUAUCCAGCUCGAACAAAUUUAGAAGUUUUACAGUAUGUCCGAUCAGGAGGCAGAUUGGAUCGGCCAGAAAACUGCCCGGAAUAUUUAUAUCAAUUAAAACUGAACUGUUGGAGCUAUGCACCUGAAGACCGACCAACUUCAUCAUAUAUCCUGGAACAACUGGAACUUUUCUACCAGAGACUUUUUGAAGAAUCAAUGCUGAACAAAAACACUACAAAAUCAAUGAUAACAGCGCUACUAGAGGCGUUGGAGGCCGAGAUAGGAGCUGAUAGCGCUCAAACUGAGAUAGGUAGGCAAUGAUAUAUCGACCAGUUCUUUUUCUCAUUCACAAUUCCAUCCAAAUCAUCUCUACACCAUCCUCCCAAAGGUAUUCAGACGGACACUGUUCUAGAAUCCAUUCUUAUCUCGCCGAACCA